GGAGUGAUGUCUGGCAGAUUCAACCGAGAUCCUCCCAGCUCCGCCAGCUCUGACAGGUUGGUGUUUGGGGAGCGAGAACAGCAUGCCCUUGUGUAUGUAAUGAAGGGAAUUAGCAGCCGCUUUGGACAGCAGCUAUGAUAUUACAAGAGGGACCCAAAUAGGCUGGUCCAAGGGCAGUGUAGCCUGGAAGGGAAGACGAGUAAGUGGAGGAGAGGACACUGUAGCCCCACAGAUGGACGAGGAAGAGUCCAUCACAGACCAUGGAGAGGUAGAGGUCACCAGUACGCCCAACAGUCCUCGCCCACCGUCAGCUGGACCCCCACAAACCCCAACUCAAGGUGCCUUACGGUCCCCACGAACUCGUCGACAGCGCUCAACGUCCCAGUCUCAGCCAUCAAGGAGCCGAGAGCCCAUCUUGCGGGGCCGCAGGCGUACCAUUUACACAGCUGGUCGCCCUCCCUGGUAUGAUUGCCAAGGACAGCUGGUGGAGCCAUUUGUUAUUGGUGUGUGUGGUGGGAGUGCCUCAGGGAAGACUACUGUAGCAAGGAAAAUUAUAGAAGAAUUGGAUGUGCCCUGGGUUACUCUUCUGUCCCUUGAUUCAUUCUAUAAGGUGUUGACUGAGAAACAUCAUGAGGAAGCAGCAAGAAAUGAGUACAACUUUGAUCACCCCGAUGCAUUUGACUUUGAACUUGUGGCCAAGACUCUGGUGCGUCUCAAGGAGGGCAAGAAGGUGGAGGUCCCAAUCUAUAACUUUGUGACACAUUGUCGGGAAACAAAGACGAAAACUAUGUAUGGAGCUAAUGUCAUCAUCUUUGAAGGAAUUUUAGCAUUUUACUCUCCUGAUGUAUUGAAGCUACUGGACAUGAAGGUUUUUGUUGACACUGACUCUGAUGAGAGGUUAGUGCGAAGGCUGCAGCGAGACAUUGCUGAGAGGGGCCGAGAACUGGAUGGUGUCCUUAAGCAGUACUUCAAGUUUGUGAAGCCAGCCUUUGAUUACUACAUUGCACCCUCCAUGGUACAUGCUGACAUUAUUGUUCCAAGAGGAGGAGAGAAUGAGGUGGCAAUCAACCUAAUCGCACAAAAUGUCAUGACUCAGCUUCAGCAAAGGGGCUUCAAGUUACGUGAAAAACUAGCUAAUACAAACUUUGGCAUGGCAAGACCCAGCUCCCUCCACCUACUGCCUUCUACGCCUCAAAUUCGUGGGCUUCACACAUUCAUAAGAAACAAGGAUACACCACGUGAUGAGUUCAUAUUUUACUCCAAGAGAUUAAUACGUCUUGUUAUUGAGCAUGCCCUUGCCCUACUGCCAUUCAGGGAUAUAACUGUUGAAACCCCUCAAGGUAUUCCUUAUGAGGGCAAACACAUUGCAACAGAAAAGAUAUGUGGUGUGUCAAUCCUGCGGGCAGGAGAGACCAUGGAGAAUGCCCUGUGUGAAGUCCUGAAGGAUGUCCGCAUUGGCAAGAUCCUCAUUCAGACAAAUCUCGACACUGGAGAACCUGAGUUGUACUACUUGAGGCUGCCCAAGGACAUCAAGGACUAUCACAUUUUCCUCAUGGAUGCCACAGUUGCCACAGGAGCAGCUGCCAUCAUGGCCAUACGAGUGUUGCUGGACCAUGAGGUGACAGAGGAACACAUUUCUCUCUGUUCCCUUCUCAUGACUGAACAGGGUGUGCACAACAUUGCCUAUGCCUUCCCUAAGGUGAGAAUAGUGACCACUGCUGUUGAUCCCUGUGUUAAUGAGAAGUUUUAUAUUGUUCCUGGCAUUGGCAACUUUGGUGAUAGGUACUUUGGGACUGAGCCCUCUGACCAGUAAAGUGUUGCAAACUAUGACAGGUAUUUUAUCCAUCCAAUACCAUAGCAAUGUGACUUUAUGCAGUUUGCUAAAUUGACAUGCUGUACACACUGAAAUCGUUACUGUUAGCAUGAUUUAUUGUUUUUUACUAUCACUAUUAGUACUAUUAUUAUUAUCAGGGCUUUAAAUACUAUAGUGCUGCAGUCAGGUCACAUAUGUUGUAUAACUUUUUAUUUUUUUUAUUUUUAUUUUUUAACAAAAUACAUUCAGAAUCUUUUAUGCAUAUUUCUGAAUGUUAAAUUUCUGCUUCUGGUUAAGAGACUCAGAUUUAUUUUUUUUCAGAUUUCUCUUUGAGGAAGUGUAAAUAUUUAUUUCCAUUGUGCAAUAGCCCCUGAUAGUCCUGAUUUGCUUCUAAUUUUAAGGAGAUGAUUGAGAAGAAACAGGAAUUCUCCCUUCUUUUUACCCUUGACUAUUAAAACCCGGUCUUACUUAUGUUUUCUUCCAGUCAAUCCAUGUACAGUCUCCUCCCCCUUGUAAGAAGUAUAUAUAUAAAAUUACACAUUCUCAGCUUUUUCACCAAACAGUACCACAAUCUACGUAUACUGAUGCCUUAGACCAAUAUUUACUGCUCUGAUUUGUUUAUUUUGGCUAAAUCCAUUAGAAAUUGUCUAAUUCUAUUAAACUUGUAAUUUUGUUUUGUAAUAUAUGAGGCAUUGAGAAUAGAAAGGGCAGACUUACAAAAAAAUAGGUCUUUAGAAAAUGUGCUACCCAUAUGAGUCCAAGGAAGCUAUAUUUGCUCCACCUUUACCUGCUCCUCUCACAAAUACAGGCAAAACCAUCAUCAGCCGUAGAGAAAAUGAGCACGUUUCUGGCGAUGAAGUCAUGAUCAGAAGUCAAGUAACCUGCUGUACUCGCUUCUACUAAGUUUUGUGUGUUCCUAUAACCUUAAGUUCUUUGACCAAAUGACAGCUAAAAAAAUAUUGAUAAACAGUAAGCCUACACAUGGCAGUCCCUGUGUAAAACAUACCUUUAUCCAUCUAUCAUCUAUAUCCAUUUAUUUAUUUACAUAAUUUUCUUUUAAAGCCUCCUGUUGACUUCUGAUUACUGAAUCUAUUCCAGUCAUCUACUACUCUGUUUGAGAACCAAUCUCUUCCCUGUAUUCCUGAGUCUUGGCCUUUGAUCUGCUGGCAGUCUUCUCACAAAACUUGGUAAUUGAUUGAUUUCCAGCAGGUUAGAGGACCUGAGGUUGAAGGAAAACAAAACACUGUGAAAGUCAGUGCAUAAGUUCCUUACAGUGAGUGUACCAAAUUCCUGUUAUCUUUGGGUGGAGAGCUCACCACUUCUAAUCUGAGUGCCUCAUAUUGGAAUCAUUAAAAGAAUCCAAAGUAAAAAAAAAAAAAAAAAAAAAAUAAGAUCUCAAACUCAGUAUUCUUUAACAAUUCUCCCAUAGAGGGAUUGUACCUAUCUUGUUAAAAUUUCCAUGAAGAUAACCUGUCCUCUUUCAUUUAGCCAAAUCCAACAGUCCCCACUUAUCUGCUUCACUUAUCCUUGACAAUUGCCUCAAGCUUCAUGGCCUUGUGAGCUUUCUAUACAUACAUCUUUGAUUAAACUUACUUCGUACAUCUGUUCCAAAGUUUUGUUACAGUGUUAGUGUGAUUAGUGGGAAACACACUCUGACUCGAGCUUUGUGUUGUAUAGUGAUGGCCUGGGCUUGCAGAUGUUGAUACCAAGGGGGGAAGCAGUUUUUGAGUUUAUGUAUCUGUUACUUUAUAUACUUUAGGUAUUUGUGUAUGAUUUCUGUUGAUUAAAAUGUGCCAAAAUAUUA